AUGGGUGCCCUAGCAAGCAGACAAAAUGCUGGGGUGGAAGAAGCGGAUGUAGUGUCAAAUCAUGCAUAUAAAUAUCCUCCGCGAUCCGGUAAUUAUUUUGGAAGUCACUUUAUCAUGGGUGGAGAAAGAUUUGACACGCCACAACCUGAGGCUUAUUUAUUUGGAGAGAAUGCAGAUCUAAACUUCCUUGGAAGUAGACCAACUCCUUUUCCAUACCCUCCACCCCAAUCGAAUGAGCCGACAAAAACAUUGAAAAGUUUAGUUAACAUAAGAAAAGAAUCUCUAAGAUUUGUACGAUGUCCAGAACCAGUUGGAAAAUUGGCUGAGACCAAUAAGAUUUGUGAUGGAAUGAUCAAAACCGUUGACUGCAAUGUAAAAGGAACAUAUUACAACAUUGAGUUCACUUUUGACUGUGAUGCAAGAUGUGCCAUUACAAUUUUUUAUUUCUGCACUGAAGAAGUGACUCCAGCAGGUGUAGUUUACUAUCCAAGGGACCCAACAAUGAGUUCACAAACAUACCAUUACAAGAAAGGUGCCAAUCAACAAUUCUGCCAAAUCUCCCAUGUUUUCGAUCCAUCCAAAUAUCCAGAGGAAGAUUUAGUGUAUAAUGCUGAUCGGGAAAUAAUUCCAAUUGCCAUCUACUGUGUUGUGGACGAGGGGCAGGAAGAAAUAAGACAAUCCCACACUACAAUAGCUGUGAUAGAGAAGCAUUCAGAUGGAACAUAUGUCCUGAAAGCACUCAAGCAAAAAUUGUUUGUGGAUGGCUUAUGUUACUUGUUGCAAGAGAUAUAUGGCAUUGAGAACAAGAAUCUGGAUACAAAGCCGAGCUCCGACGAGGAGACGGAAGACGGUGGCUCCGAGUGCGUGAUCUGCAUGUGCGACGUGCGCGACACGCUCAUACUGCCGUGCCGCCACCUCUGCCUGUGCAACUCGUGCGCCGACUCGCUCCGCUACCAGGCGAACAACUGCCCCAUCUGCCGCGCGCCCUUCCGCGCCCUGCUGCAGAUCAGGGCGCUGCAGCGGCUCACCGCGCCCGCGCUCGCCCCGCCGCCCGCCAACGCGCCCGACGGGAGCAUGGAGAACAUCCCAGCUGGCUACGAGCCCGUGUCACUUCUGGAGGCCCUGAACGGGCCGGCAGCCAGGGCGCGCCCCCCGCCCGCCCCCGCCCCCGCCAUCGCCAGCCCCGACACCGACACCGCCUCACAAGCCGCCGAGAUCCUGAACCGGUGCAAUGUGGAGCGCAGCUCGUCCACCAGCCUGGGCAGCGGCGGCAGCCGGAAGGCGAGGCGCGGCUCCAAGGAGGCUAGGCCCCACCAGCCCCUCACGCCGGAGUUCCGCAUGUCGGUGCUGCUGGCGCGCGAAGAGGAGGCGAAGAGGGCUGAAGAGAAGGCGGUCGCAAGCAGUCCACUGCUCUACAACCACAACGGCCUCAGCGCCGAAAAGCUCUCCAAGAUGCCUCCUCGAUCGCAGGGCUCGCUGAACUCUCUGGCGUCGGAGAGCGCUCCGAGGGCGGAGUCCCGCGCGGGCUCGGCCGCCUCGGGCUGCGCGUCCGACGACGAGGCGCAGCCCCCGCCCGGCGCGGAGCCCGACAGCGACGCCGAGCGCCGCUCGCCGCUCCUCGCGCAGCCCCCGUACUCGCCUCUGCCGCACAACGGGAUGCCGAAGAACGUUGGGGCGGCGCUGCGGCUGUCGACGCCAGCGCUCGCCCACAUCGACGACACCGACACCGAGGAGCCGGAGCCCGCGCAGAACUCGCCGCGCCGGGCGGCGGGCGGCGGCUCGCCCGCGGCCGAGGACUCGGACUAUUUCACGCCGGAGGAGCCCGCCACCACCAUCCUCAGCGGCCCGCGCCCCGCCAGGCCCGUAAGUCACAACUCAGCCCGAGGAGGCCGCCAGCGCGGUGGACAGUGCCCCCCAACGUUGGGCCCUGCCCCAUCACGUCACUUCCCUGCCAGGCACGCCGCUGAGCCAGUGGAGCGCGCGCUCUUCCGGCGAGUCGUACAGUUCGACGUCGUCGUCGCGCCAGCUGCUCGCGGCGGCGGCGCUGCCGGCCGACGCCACCUGCUAGCGGCGCGCCCCCGCGCGGGCGCCCCGAACUCCCCCCGCGCCCCUCGCUCCGCUCGCCCGACUUGCGCUCCGCUCGCUCCCCGCGCCCCUCGCCCUCCCCGCGCGCCCCAAUCUCCACUCAAUCCGCUGCAACGGCUCCGUCGCUCCGCUACCCCCCUUUUAAAGCGUCCCUCUCCCUCCCCCACUCCCUCACCCUCCCCGCACGGCCCAAUCUCCACUCCCUCCGAUGCAACGGCUCCGUCGCUUCGC